AUGGCAGCCGCAGCACUGAGGGCGCAGCUCAACGCCCAUAUCGCCGGCAUGUACACCGAGUGUGUGGUGGAUGAAGACAUGUUCGAGGAGCUGCGGGAGGAGGGCACCGCCGUCGAGGUCUCCCGCCUCUUCAUCAAUGAUGCCCACGAGAUCAUCGACGACAUCCACACCCUAAUGUCCGUACGGCCGCCCUCUAUCUCUCCCUCUGCUCUUGGUCUCUGGGAGCAGCCCCAAGUGGACUUCGACGAGGUGAAAGCCCUGACGCAGCAGCUCAUGCGGUGCACCUCUAGUGUUGGUGCACAGCAAGUGAACCUCGCCUGCAUGCACUUCGGCAAUUUCAAUGCCAUAAAAUAUAAAGAAGGGUGCCUCGUGUCCUUGGCUCUUGUUAGGAAUGAGUUCUUUAUUGUGCGACAUGAGUUGGAGGUCAUGAUCGAGCUCGAAGAGCAGAUCGCGGCAUGUGGUCCUAACUCCUAA